AUUUAAAUUAAAUGAACUAAAUUAUAAUUUAAUACCUAAUAUUUAUAAAUUGAGUUGAACUAAAUUAUAAUAUUAAUACCUAAUGUAAUUUAAUACCUGAGGAUAAUUUUGUAAUUUAUAAAAUAUUAAUUUUUACUUUUUUAAAUAAAGUGGUAUAACAUAGGGUAAUUUAGUCUUUUAACACCCUAAACAUUUCUUACACAUUCCUUGCCGCCGGUGAACUGAUUCAUCAACAUGUGGAGAUUUCGUGAGUCCGAUCAAAGAGGUUCCAGGAAACGUUUUCGUGAAGAGUGGCAGUUUGAUAGGUUCAUCCCCAACCGGUCUGCAAUGGAUUUUGACUUUGCACAUUACAUGUUGAAUGGUGGGAAGGUUGCAAACACUGAACAGUGCUCUCCAUCCAAACAAGCUUACAGGAAGCUACUUGCAGAGAUCUUCAACAUGAACAGAACAAGGAUACUUGCUUUUAAGAACAAGCCGCCGCCUUCAGUAGAUGGUUUUCAAGAUCUGUACUCAUCUGUUCACCAAUAUAAACCAACCAAGUCUAGGAGACAUAUUCCCCAAUCUUCAGAAAGGAUUCUUGAUGCUCCUGAGCUCGUAGAUGACUUCUACCUGAAUUUACUGGAUUGGGGUAGCAGCAACAUUGUUGCUAUCGCUCUUGGGAAUUCAGUAUAUUUGUGGCAUGCCGCUGAUGGCUCUACUUCUGAACUUGUUUCCAUUGCUGAGGAGAUUGGGCCUGUGACGAGUGUCAGGUGGGCACCGGAUGGAAGACAACUUGCUGUUGGCUUGACUAAUUCCUAUGUUCAGGUGUGGGAUGCUUCGGCUACUAAGAAGAUGAGGACUUUGCGAGAUGGACACACGUUUUGGGUUGGUUCACUUGAUUGGAACAAUAACAUCCUGACAACAGGGGGACAGGAUAGUUUGAUCAUAAACAACGAUUUAAGAAUAAGAUCACCCAUUGUUGGUACAUAUAGAGGACACAGUCAAGAGGUUUGUGGACUGACAUGGUCUGCAUCAGGCCAGCAACUAGCAAGUGGAGGAAAAGACAACUUGGUCCACAUAUGGGACAACUCAAUGGCCUCUAGAAAUUCUUCCAAUCAAUGGCUUCACCGCCUGGAAGACCACACAGCUGCUGUCAAAGCUCUCUCUUGGUGUCCUUUCCAGAGUAAUCUGCUUGCCUCUGGUGGUGGUACUGGAGAUGAGUGCAUAAAGUUUUGGAAAACCAACACUGGAGUACGGUUGAACUCCGUGAAUACAGGGUCACAGGUCUGUUGCUUGCUCUGGAACAAACAUGAGCGUGAGCUUUUGAGUUCUCAUGGCCUCAGUGACAACCAACUCACCCUUUGGAAGUACCCUUCUAUGGUGAAGAUUACAGAGCUUUAUGGUCAUAUGUCAAGGGUUCUCCACAUGGCUCAGAGUCCAGAUGGGCAUGUGGUUGCAUCUGCUGCAUCAGAUGAGACAUUAAGAAUAUGGAAUGUGUUUGGGACUCCUGAGUUGGCCAAGUCUGCAUUGAAAACAAAGUCAGAGCCUUUUGCUGACUUUGCUCGCAUCAGAUGAAGAGUUUUAUAGAUGAAAUGGGUGGUGAUUAAAAAACAUAUUCCUCACUGUUGCUUCAUUGGGCCAUGACAAAGAAAUUAGCUUUUGAUUUAUCUUGAGAUCAUAUUGUGUAUAUGCACAUCAACCUUCCGCCAUUUUUAAGCUGCUAAGAAGUGUUUGGUGAGCCUGGUGGUGCUUAUUGUUGGCAUCCACGCCCCAUGUCGUUGACUACGUGAAUUUUUUAGUGAACACACACAGAAACAUGUACAUUUGACACUUGUAAUAUAUUUCAUACAUUAUCGAAUUUAAGCUCAAAAUUCGAAAAUAAAUAAAGUUACAAUAUUUCUUAGCCA